AUGGUUGUUGGGUCAACGACAUAUCCAGGGAGGCAAGUGCUUCACAAAAUGCAACCGAUGGGCAUGACUCCUCGCGAGCUUUCAGAAUACGACGACUUGGCAACAGCACUUAUAGUAGAUCCAUAUCUUGGCAUUACAACACACAAAAUGAACAUACGUUAUAGACCAUUGAAAACAAAUAAAGAAGAAUUAAAAGGGAUUAUAAAAGAAUUUAUUCAAACGCAAGAUUAUAAUAAGGCUUACUCUAAAUUGGCUAGUGGUGAAUGGAUGCCAAGACACUUUACAAAAAAUAAACAUCAACAAAACAAACUUAGAGAACAUAUUUAUCGUUACUUGAGAGUUUUUGACAAAAAGGCUGGAUUUGUUAUUGAGCCUUGUUAUAGGUCUACAUCACCAUCUUGG